GUCAGCUCAGCCCACCGCGGCCUUAUCCCCCCUCACUCCUCCCACCAGUGCGUGGUGCUUCUUAACCCCCGGGAACCUCCCUCCCGCGAAGCAUUGCUCCACUUUGCAGAACACGAGUUGAUGACGAAAAAAAUACUUCUCGGCCGCUGCCAGCCAUGAGCUGUUUGGAUGUUAUGUACCAAGUCUACGGUCCUCCCCAGCCCUAUUUCGCAGCAGCCUACAGUCCCUAUCACCAGAAACUCGCCUUUUACUCCAACAUGCAAGAAGCCCAGGAGAGCAGCAGUAGCGCCAGCGCCAGCAGCUCUUUCUCCAGCCACCCCGCGGCCAGCAUCAAGGAGGAGGACUGCAGCCCCGAGAAGGAGCGACCCCCGGAGGCCGAGUACAUCAGCUCCCGCUGUGUCCUCUUCACCUACUUCCAAGGGGACAUCAGCGCCGUGGUGGACGAGCACUUCAGCCGGGCGCUCAGCCAGCCCAGCAGCUUCUCCCUCGGCAGCGCGAAAGCGACGCGGAACGCCGGCUCCUGGCGGGAUGGCUCCUUCCCAAUGAGCCAGCGCAUCUUCCCACCAUCCUUCUGGAAUAGCACGUACCAGCCCUCCUCAGUCCCAGCCAGCCUGAGCAGCCCCCUGGCAGCUGCCGCCCACAGCGAGCUGCCCUUCGCCACCGCCACCGACCCCUACGCACCCGCCUCCCUGCAUGGCCACCUGCACCAGGGAGGCCCUGAGCCCUGGCACCAUGCCCACCACCACCACCACCACCACCACCACCCCUACAUUGGGACACAGAUAGAUUUUGCGAGCCGGGGACCGAGCGCCUUUCGCCUUCCCUCCGCUGCCGUCUCUGCUCCGUGUGUGCCCGGCGGCUGUCCGACCGUGCCCCGCGUCUUUCCCCUCGCACUGCAGCCCCUUGGCGGCCGCUGUCCGCUCCGGAGCCAUCUGUAA